UCUAGUGCUGUGCUCUCUCUCACUCACAGGAGGCGGCGCUGAGCAGCUUUGUGGCUGCAAAGUAGUUUGAUGCUGGAAGUGUGACAGGGCCAUUACGAGCAGACCAGGAGGAACGACAUGGCACUAAACUUGACUAUCAACAGUAGCAACCCACCUCUAGGGGCGCUGUUGACUGCUGAGCAUGUGAAGGGCAGCGUCAAUCUCUCUGUGGAGGAGGGCAAAGACACCAUGCUCCAUGUCUCUGAUAAGGUGCAGUUUAGUGACGUGAACUCCAUCACGCGUUAUCUUGCCCGAGUGGCUCCGGCGUUGGGACUCUAUGGAUCUAACAUGAUGGAGCAAACUGAGGUUGAUCACUGGUUGGAGUUCAGUGCCCGUCGUCUCUGUGGUCAGUCAGAUCUCUCUUCUGCUCUGGGUGAUCUGGAUAAAGCUCUGGCACUGAGAACCUUCCUGGUGGGUCACAGUGUGACCCUGGCUGACCUCUGCGUCUGGGCUGCUCUCAAAGGAAAUGGCGAGUCACAGGCCAAGCCAAACUCCUACCCUCAUCUGUGCCGCUGGUUUUUGUUCCUGAGCUCUCAGGUGCCAUUCAGCUCAGUGGGCAGCAAAUGGGCCAGCAAGAUCUCUGCCAUCAAAGCCACUCCUGUGGAGAAGGAAAAAAAGCAGGAUUUGGGAAAGUUUGUGGAGCUCCCUGGUGCUGAGAUGGGCAAAGUAGUGGUGCGUUUCCCCCCUGAGGCUAGUGGAUACCUGCACAUCGGUCAUGCCAAGGCAGCUCUACUCAAUCAGCACUACCAGGUCAAUUUCAAGGGCAAGCUCAUCAUGCGUUUUGAUGACACCAAUCCUGAGAAAGAGAAAGAGGACUUUGAGAAGGUCAUCUUGGAAGAUGUGGCCAUGCUACAGAUCAAACCGGACCAGUUCACCUACACAAGUGAUCACUUUCCCACCAUCCUGCGCAUGGGAGAGAAGCUUCUACAGGAGGGCAAGGCCUAUAUAGACGACACUCCUCCAGACGCCAUGAAACAAGAAAGAGAGCAAAGGGUGGAGUCUCGCAACCGCAGCAACUCUGUGGAGAAGAACCUACAGAUGUGGGAGGAGAUGAAGAAGGGUACAGUGUUUGGCCAGACCUGCUGCAUGAGAGCCAAGAUCGACAUGAAUUCCAACAACGGCUGCCUGCGUGACCCCACACUGUUCCGCUGCAAGAACGCUCCUCAUCCUCGCACCAGCAAUACUUACAAAGUGUAUCCCACAUAUGAUUUUGCGUGCCCCAUUGUGGACAGCAUUGAGGGGGUCACGCAUGCCUUACGUACCACUGAGUAUCACGACAGAGACGAGCAGUUCUACUGGGUAAUAGAUGCCCUUGGUUUGCGUAAACCGUACAUCUGGGAAUACGCCAGACUCAAUCUUAACAACACUUUGCUCUCCAAGAGGAAGCUCACCUGGUUUGUCGACCAGGGCUAUGUGGAUGGCUGGGAUGACCCUCGUUUCCCCACAGUCAGAGGUGUGCUGCGUAGAGGAAUGACUGUCGAGGGACUCAAACAAUUUAUUUCUGCUCAGGGAGGCUCGAGAUCGGUAGUCAAUAUGGAGUGGGACAAGAUCUGGGCAUUCAACAAGAAGGUCAUUGACCCAAUAGCCCCAAGAUACACUGCCCUACUAAGCUCGCAGUUUGUUCCAGUCUGCAUUUCUGAGGCCAAGGAGGAAAUGAAAGAGGUUGCCAAACAUCCCAAGAAUGCAGAUGUGGGAAUGAAGCAGGUGUGGUACGGGCCAAAGGUCCUUAUUGAGGGAGCUGAUGCAGAAACUUUCACAGAGGGUGAGACCGUCACCUUCAUCAACUGGGGAAACGUCAUAAUCACCAAAAUCCACAGGGAUGCCAGUGGAGCGAUCACGUCUCUGGAUGGUCAUCUGAACCUAGAGAACACUGAUUAUAAAAAGACUACUAAGAUCACCUGGCUCGCUGAAUCCAGCUGCGCUCCACUCGUGCCCACUGUCUGCGUCAACUACCAGCACCUCAUUACCAAGCCGGUUUUGGGCAAGGAUGACGAUUUCAAGGAUUACAUCAACAAGAACAGCAAGAUAGAGGAGAAGAUGCUAGGAGACCCUUGCCUGAAGGACUUGAAGAAAGGUGACAUCAUACAGCUGCAGAGACGAGGUUUCUAUAUCUGUGAUCAGCCUUAUGAGCCAAUCAGCCCCCACAGCUGCAAGGAGAGUCCCUGUGUCUUGCUGUACAUCCCAGAUGGACACACAAAAGAGAUGCCCACUGCUGGCUCCAAGGACAAGAGCAAGAGCCAGACAGCUGCUAAACCUGUGAAGGCAGAGUCUGUUCCUCUGAGCAAAGCCAAGCAGGCUCCUGUGUCCAGCCCAGCGCCAGCCGCACCAGGAGACUCUUCCGUCCUGUACUCCAGCCUUGUGGCUCAGGGAGACCUGGUCAGGCAGCUCAAGACAGACAAGGCCCCUAAAGAGCAAGUGGACGCUGCUGUAAAGCAGCUCUUGGCCUUGAAAUCCGAGUUUAAACAACUGACCGGACAGGAGUACAAUCCUGGCAUGGCUCCACCCACAUCUGCUCCAGCACCGAAGAGCUCCGCCCCCACCGCUGCAGCAGAAAGUCCAAGCCCUGCCUCCACCGGUUGUCCAUACACUCGUGUUGCUGAGCAGGGCAAGGUGGUCAGUAAACUGAAGGCUGAAAAAGCACCCAAGGAGCAAGUAGAUGCUGCAGUGAAACAGCUCUUGGCUCUUAAAGCUGAGUUUAAACAGCUCACUAGUCAAGAAUACAAACCAGGCAUGGCUCCUCCCACAGCAUCUCCCCCGCAGCCAGCCCCUUUACCUGACUCCUCCCCUGCUGCCAUAUAUGGGCGUGUGUCCGAACAGGGGGAGGUGAUCAGAAAGCUGAAAGCAGAAAAAGCACCAAAAGACCAGAUUGAUGCUGCAGUGAAGCAGCUUUUGGUUCUGAAGGAAGAAUAUAAGCAGGUGAUAGGGCAGGACUACAAACCCGGAGUUCCACCUGCUGGUGCAUCUCCAUUGACUCCAGUUCAGCCUGCUGCAGUGUCUGGCUCCUCCGACAGCUCUCCUAAGGCUAUUUAUGAUCGCGUCUCUCAACAGGGAGAACUUGUGAGGAAAUUGAAAACAGAAAAAGCACCCAAGGAUCAGAUAGAUGCUGCUGUGAAGGAGUUGCUCAGUCUUAAAGCAGAGUACAUGCAGCAAACUGGACAGGAAUACAAAGCAGGUGUGCCUCCAUCUUCAGGCCCCGCCCCUGUACAAUCUAGCCCUGCCCCACCCCAAUCUAGCUCCUCCCAACCUCAAUCCAGCUCCUCCCCUCAGGCUCAAGCACUGUUUGCAGACAUAGCCCAGCAGGGGGAGCAAGUGAGACGGUUUAAAGCAGAGAAAGCUCCUAAGGAGCAAGUUGAUAAAGCAGUGAAGACUCUGCUUGAACUGAAGGGUCAGUAUAAAGCCCUCACUGGUGAGGAGUACAAGCCUGUGACCACCCCAGGAUCCUCAGGGAACACGGGAGGAGAAGACAAGAGCCGCAAGGACCGAGAGAACAAGUCUGAGAAGCAGGGAGGAGGAGGAGGACGCAAGCAACAGAAAGGAGGAGAGAAACCUCAAGUUCAAGACUCUGGAGCAAGUGGAGCAGGAGAUGGCCAGGGGCCAAAGAAACAGACACGGCUGGGACUGGAGGCAAAGAAAGAGGAAAACCUGGCUGAGUGGUACUCGCAGGUGAUCACCAAGGCUGAGAUGAUCGAGUAUUACGACGUCAGUGGCUGUUACGUGUUGAGGCCCUGGUCUUACUCUAUCUGGGAGGCUAUCAAAGAAUUCUUUGACCGGGAGAUCAAGAAGCUGGGUGUGGAGAACUGCUACUUCCCCAUGUUUGUCUCUCAGGCUGCCCUGGAGAAAGAGAAGACCCACAUUGCAGAUUUUGCUCCAGAGGUUGCUUGGGUGACAAGAUCAGGAAAGACAGAGCUGGCGGAGCCCAUCGCUGUGCGUCCCACUAGUGAGACAGUGAUGUAUCCUGCCUAUGCCAAGUGGGUUCAGUCACACAGAGACCUGCCAAUCAAACUCAACCAGUGGUGCAACGUCGUGCGUUGGGAGUUCAAACACCCCCAGCCCUUCCUGAGGACCAGAGAGUUUCUUUGGCAGGAGGGACACACAGCGUUUGCCACUAAAGAGGAAGCUGCAGAGGAGGUUCUGCAGAUUUUAGACCUGUAUGCUCGGGUCUACCAGGAGCUGAUGGCCAUCCCUGUGGUCAAGGGCAAGAAAACCGAGAAGGAGAAGUUUGCAGGAGGAGACUACACCACCACUGUGGAGGCUUAGUGCUCCAAAUAUCUUUCUAAACUAGAGAAGGCCGACAUCAGAGUCAAGGCAGACCUGCGUGAUAAUUACUCGCCUGGCUGGAAGUUCAAUCAUUGGGAGCUGAAGGGUGUGCCCAUAAGGUUGGAGGUUGGGCCAAAGGACUUAAAACAGGGCCGGUUUGUAGCAGUAAGAAGAGACACGGGAGAAAAGCUCACUGUGCCAGAGGCUGACGCUGAGAAGAAAAUCCUAAACCUUCUGGAAGAGAUCCAGAACAACCUCUUUAAACAGGCCUCUGAUGAUUUGCACAAACACAUGGUUGUGGCUGAUACAAUGGAGCAAUUCCAGAAAGAUCUGGACCAGGGAAGAAUUGUGCAGAUUCCCUUCUGUGGAGGCAUUGAGUGUGAGGACUGGAUUAAAAAGACAACAGCCAAGGAUCAAGACCUGGAGCCUGGUGCACCUUCAAUGGGAGCCAAGAGUCUGUGUAUCCCCUUCGAGCCAUUGAAGAAACUGCAGGCCGGUCAGAUGUGCGUCAGCGGCAAAGAGCCUGCGCAGUUCUACACGCUGUUUGGUCGCAGUUACUGAGACCGUUUUCCACCCCUAAAAUAAUGACUCUUCUUCUUGUCAAAUGCACUUGCAGAAUAACUCUUAAGACAUCUGUCAUCUCCUCUAACCACGCAAAAUACUGCUUUUUACUAUAUUUUAGAGGAAUCCCCUCUAUUUUUCUGGUCACGGGUUUACUAGCUGGCACGCAGAGAGUUUUAGGCUGAUAUUAGAUGUUCUAUGCGGGCCAUACUUAACCUUUUCGCAUCUUUGUCCUAAAUAACUGUCUGACAAUUGUAAUGAACUAAACAUUAUCUGUAAUAAAGGGAUUCUUCAUUUCUAUAA